AUGGAGGGUGGUGGCGGUUCCAGUAUGAUAUCUUUUGGAGAAAACAGUAAUGGGCUGUGUCCAUCGAUGAUGAUGCCGACAUUGACUUCUCACCCCAAUCCUCGUGGAGUCAGCAGCAAUACGCUAUUUCUUCCUCUUCCUCUCCCCAGCAAUCAAGACUUAAAUCGACACAACGGCGGCUCUUCUAUGAUGAUUGAAGAAAAUUACAAUAGUACGAGCACUGGGUUUUAUCUUAUGGAGAAUAAUAGCAACAACGAUGGAGAAAGCUGCGUUUUCAAAGCAAAUAUCAUGGCUCAUCCUCAUUACCACCGUCUCUUGGCUGCCUACGUUAAUUGUCAGAAGAUAGGAGCACCACCGGAAGUAGUGGCAAGACUUGAGGCAGCAUGCGCGUCAGCUGCCGCAAUGGGAAGCCAAUCAAGUGGUGUGGGUGAAGAUCCGGCGCUCGACCAAUUUAUGGAGGCUUACUGUGAAAUGCUCAUAAAAUACGAGCAAGAACUUUCUAAACCCUUCAAGGAAGCCAUGCUUUUCCUAUCAAGCAUUGAGUGUCAGUUCAAAGCGCUUUCGCUCUCCUCUGAUACUGUGGCCUAUGGCGAAGCUGCUGAUAUAAAUGGAUGUUUUGGAGAAGAGUUUGAUGUGAAUAAUCCUCAAGCAGGAGAUGGGGAAUUGAAAGGUCAGCUGUUGCGCAAAUACAGAGGAUAUUUGGGUAGCCUAAAGCAGGAAUUUAUGAAGAAAACAAAGAAGGGAAAGCUACCGAAAGAAGCCAGGCAACAACUGUUAGACUGGUGGAGCAGGCAUUAUAAAUGGCCAUAUCCCUCGGAUUCCCAGAAACUGGCGCUUGCUGAAUCGACUGGUCUGGACCAGAAGCAAAUAAACAACUGGUUCAUCAACCAAAGGAAACGACACUGGAAACCUUCAGAAGACAUGCAGUUUGUUGCGAUGGACGCAACACAUCCACACUAUUACAUGGACAAUACUUUUCCGAUGGACAUGUCCAUGUGA